AUCUACUGGGGCCUUGGGGAGAAAAAGGGAAAAAAAAAAAAAAAAGGAGGAGGAUUGGCAAUAGAUGUUAGCUCAGGGCUGAUCUUCCUCACAAAAAAAUACAUAAAAAUAAAUAAAAAUAAAAACCAUGUUUCUUAUUUUCAGUAUGGCCCACAGAACAUUCGAUGCCUACAAUUGUUAUGUUUCAAUGGCUGGGAAGGAAGGAAGAACAAUAUAUUUUAACAAAUGCUUCCAAACAUAACCUGUUUCCUUCCACAGGAUUUCUGAUCUCUAACCCAGCUGUGAUCAUUGUAAUGGAGCAAGAGCAAACACUGUUGGUCUCAGCUUCUAAUGGCUUCAUGGAGAGGGAGAGUUUGAAAAGCCAUUUUACAGGAGAUGAAAAUAAGAAUAAUUUGGAAACUGUUCAACACAAUAACUUUAAGGCAGAUACACUUAAAGAGAAAGCCUCAAAAUGGUCUAAAAGAGAUGGCUCACAAAAUUAUAAGCAUGUGGAUAUAAAAGAAAUGCCAUUGACAUGGUCCCAAGGAGAUGAGAUUUGGUGUGAUGAUUCCUAUGAGAAUGAUGGCAAGUCAGAGAAUCAGGGAAAUUCUACAGGAAAAGAGGAGGAAAAAUCCAGGCCCUGGGGAUGGGACCCAGGAGAACAUGCCAAUGCCUCUGUCCAACAGAAUUCAUCCUUCGGAGAGAAACCCUACAAAUGUUCUGAAUGUUGGAAAAGCUUCAAUAAUAGUUCUCAUUUGCGUACUCACCAGAGGACCCACUCAGGAGAAAAACCUUAUAAAUGCUCUGAAUGUGGGAAAUGCUUUAGUAACAGCUCUCACUUGAUUCAGCAUCUGAGAACACACACAGGAGAGAAGCCCUACCAGUGUGGUGAAUGUGGGAAAAGCUUCAGCAAUACCUCUCAUCUUAUUAUCCAUGAGAGAACUCACACAGGAGAGAAACCCUAUAAAUGUCCUGACUGUGGGAAGAGUUUCAGUAGCAGCUCUCACCUUAUUCAGCAUCACAGAUCCCAUACAGGUGAAAAACCAUAUGAAUGUCCUGUUUGUGGGAAAUGCUUCAGCCACAGUUAUGUCCUAAUAGAACAUCAGAGGACUCACACUGGAGAAAAACCUUAUAAGUGCCCCGAUUGUGGGAAGAGUUUUAGUCAGAGUUCUAGCCUGAUUCGCCACCAGCGGACACACACAGGUGAGAAGCCCUACAAAUGUCUUGAGUGUGGGAAAAGCUUUGGUUGUAAUUCUACUUUGAUAAAGCAUCAGAGAAUACAUACAGGAGAAAAACCCUAUCAGUGUACAGAAUGUGGGAAGAGUUUCAGUCGAAGUUCAAACCUUAUUACACACCGGAAAACGCACACAGGAGAGAAAUCCUCUGAAAGUUCUGAAUAUGAAGAAAGUUUGAGUCAGAACUGCAAUGUGAUAGAAGAAUGCAGAAUCCAGCCAGGAGAGAAACCAUAUAAAUGUUGUGAAUGUGGAAAGAGUUUUGGCCUCAGCUCUCAUCUCAUUAGACAUCAGAGAACACACACAGGAGAAAAACCUUACAGAUGUUCCGAGUGUUGGAAAACUUUUAGUCAGAGUUCCACCCUGGUGAUUCACCAAAGGACACACACAGGAGAAAAACCUUAUAAAUGUCCUGAGUGUGGUGAGUGCUUCAGUCAAAGCUUUAACCUUAUCAGGCACCGGAGGACCCACAUGGGAGACAAACCUUACAAAUGCACUGACUGUGAGAAAUGCUUCAGCAGAAGUGCCUACCUCAAUCAGCAUAGGAAAAUUCACGUAGAAAAGUCUUUUGAGUCCCCUGAAGUUGAAGAUUUUCCUCAUGAAUGGACUUGGGAAAACUGUUCAGGAGGAAUGGCCCUCAUCUCUUCAUUUUCAGUCCCAAAUUCAUCUUCCUCUUGAGUCCCAAAGCCUGUUUUUUUUUUUCUUUUCUUGUCAGACCAUUACAAUUAGAGUGUUCUCUGAUCAUGGUGCUACAAAAUUUCUUUGAUCUGUUUGCCAAAACAUCUGGAAAAAGUCAACCCCACAGUUGAGAGGAUGGGAAGACCCAGAUCACCAGAUUAGCUUCAAAGGAAAACACAAAGAGAAAUCCUGGGAGUAAGGACACCUGAGAUCUUGAAGCUGAGAUUGCCAUUGAAUUUCCUUAUUUCCUCUUGCCUGAUUGGGUGGCAAUAAAUCAUUACUGACCUCAGGGGUUUACCCAGAAAAAGAUUCUUCUUUACAAGUAAUGUGAUUUCCUGGCUGGUUUGAUGGGUCUUAUUGAAGAAAAGACUCACUUUUUCCAAGUGCAUUUUUAUUUGCUGAAAUUUAACUUUUGUAGUAUCUAGAACUGCACUGUCCAAUACAAUAGCCAUUAGCCAUAUGUGGCUAUUUAAAUUUAAAUUUAUAUUAAUUAAGAUUCAAUGAAAUUUAAAAUCCAGUUCCUUAGUUGCAUUAGCCACUUGCUAAGUGCUCAGUAGCCACAUGUAACUGGUGGCUGCUCUAUUGGAUAUCAUAAAAAGUUCUUUCUUUCAAGUUCAUCAUUCUUGACAGGCCCAUAAAUAUUUCCUGUAAGACUGUAGGAAAUGUGCUGUGGGGUUUCUGCUCUCCAGGAGGAAUUGCAAUGUAGAGUAGAAAUGGGAUAGAGUUUUGAAGGCACUGGGUCUAGAGAUUGGCUAUUCUAAUGACUGUAUGUUUUAUGUUCCACCCAGUUAUCUAGUGAUAUGAUCCCAUUGUCUUGGUCAAAGCCAGAUUAGGAGGUAGGAUUUUUGAAUUCUGUUUAAAAGUUUUUGACAAGCAGUCUUUUCCCUUCAGUUUUUCCGUUACAUAAUUCCUGGUCAGAUAAGAAACGGUUUUUCUAAUAAUCAACCCACUGAGUCUGAGCCAGUGUCCAGGAACAGUUUGCCAUUGGAGACAGAUUCCUUAGUUCCAGUCUCAGCACUUUUCUUUUGCCUCUUGACUUAGGUGGUGUAUGGAACUGAUAACUGAGACCUCAACCUCCCUGCUCAUCUGUUAAAAUGGGAAUGAUGCUUUGUAGAGUAUUAAGAUAUUUCCUAUGCGCCCCCCACCCCUGUUUUUUUCCUGCUAGCACAAAAGGUAGAUGUGUGGGAAGGUUAAGACACCUGAGUUGCCCAGGAUUUCAUCACAUUUUUUGAUUUAAAAAAUAUUUUAUGAAGAAUAUGUAGAGAUACAAAUUUGGAAUGUGGAGCCAGAAAGGGCCAAUUACAGCUGCUGUAAGGGGCUAUAGCUGGUGAGUGACUGAAUUGCAUAGGGAUUGUUUCUUCUUUCAAGACUGUGGUACACCUGAUACUGGUGAGGCAAUUGUGUCUUUUUGUGUUGUUAUAGGAUUAAAAAGGAAAGCAAAAGCUAACCAAUAAAAGUGUUUAAGAAGUAUUUGGGGUGAUUUUCUGCUUUCAAAAAGGGAGAGAACAUUAUUGGGCAUCAUUGGCUUUCAUGUGACCCUUGCCUAAGCCUCUUUUUACAUUUGUAUGUUAUGUAUUAUUGCCCGAAUUGUCUUCAACUGUAACAUCUGAGGACAAGUAUUUACAAUAUUUUUUACUACACACUGCUAAGAGUUUGAUUAAUGUUUGAUAAUUAAAUUUGGACAUUUGCUAUUGAGGCUGAAAUUCAGUUGCGAGGCAGUAGCUGUUGGGGCCGUGCACAGUCACUGAUCACGUUAUGUGUGGUAAAUAACCACUCUGAACCUGUUUCCUCAUCUGUAAAGCAGAGAGAAUGCCUACCUUGCAGAGUUUCUGUAAGGAUUAAGUAAAUGAUUGCAAAGCACCUAGCACAGUGCUUAAAAUAUAACAGGUUCUAAAUAAAUGGUAGUUGGUUAUUAUUAAUUGAAACAAAUUGAAAAAUGUCCACACAUUUUUCAGAAAUAGCAGUACAGCCCCAAACUUAUCCUACUUGCGGAUUCUUUAUGACCAAUCUCAGGAACCCUAAGGAAUAAGCUCUUCUAAAAGCACAAGACUAUAUUGUGUUUCCAGUUUGCAGACUGUUGAAAACACUUUUAUUCGAUUCAGCUUAUUGAAUUUUUUUGUUGUUCAUGAAACAAAGGAUUCAGUUUAAGCUGGGAAAGAAAAAAAUAGGAAGUUCAAUUUAAGUUAAUUUGCAUCUGAAGAGAUUAACAAUGGGUACAAUUUAUGUCCUAUCACCAUCACCUGCACUAUGUUUUAUGACUGCCCACAAUUACAUGAAACCUAUUUCACAAACCUUGAUGUCUACAGGAACAUAGAGUUUCACAUUUUAGAUGGGUUAAGAUGGGCUCUAUCAGUAAAACAAUUUGGCAAGAAUCGUCUCUUUGGACUGAAAACUAAAAACAGAAGAGAGAUUUGUCACUUAUGAGAUGGGGAACAUAACAUAGACAAAUUUAAUCAUAUUUGAUGCCUUUGCUUCAAUUUAAUCAAUCGGCAAAUAGGUUCUUUGUUUAGCUCCCCUAGAAGUCAAUAUUCUGUAUUCUCUAUUUUUCUUGCCAACACAAAGGGUUCAGCACCUGAAAAAAUAAAGCAUUCUUAUUUAUGA